ACCAAAUGCGAUAGGUUGUCGGCUAAGUCUCGGCGUUAAUAGCCUCUUUUCUUUCCUUUUUUUCCCCUACGCGACGCGUCGCGUCUUACAUAGAUUAAUGAGGGGCUAUCUAUUUCACCAUUUCACCAAGUACCUACCUAGGUACCUAAGCUAGGAUUACAAAAUUCUGCCUGGAAAAUGAACAACUUUCACAAAUGCCGACUGCAUAAUUGAACUUUGAGAAAAUAUGCUGAUAGGAAUUUGCGGUGCAAAAUGCGCCGGGAAAAGUACGGUGGCUCAAUACCUAAUAGACCAUCAUGGGUUUAAGAAGCUACACCUAGAGAAAUCAACAUCCCAAAAUAAUGAUCAUUCAGGUGGAUCCGAAUCCCAAGCAGAAUCAGCUACCCCUGACACCACCAGGACAAAUCUCCCUCUACACUCAAGACAGACACCCAGAUCUUAUACAUUCGCGACGUCUACGGCUCUUUUAGACUUCGUUACCAAGCAUUGGCGAUCUCGGUGGGUCGUAACCGAUAUCCACGAUGAAGCUGUCCUAGAGAUUCUCAGUAGACGGCCGUUCUUCAUCUUGAUUAGUGUUGAUGCACCCUUGACUGUGCGCUGGCGGCGAUUUCAACAACGAUGUAGCGGGCAAAAGGAGGCAGAUAACCAAGACCCCAUCGGCCUUGAAGAUUUUGUGUCGCAAUCCGAUCGACAUCUUUACGACACCUCAUCCGGCGUCCUACCACUUAUGUCGCGGGCCACGAUACGAUUAUUAAACACCUCGUCGGAUCUAGCGCACCUAUAUGCUACAUUAGGCAAGCUGGAUUUAACAAACCCUGAUCGUCUCCGCCCUAGCUGGGAUAGCUACUUUAUGUCACUAGCAUCUUUGGCAGCGCAGAGGUGUAAUUGUAUGAAGAGGGCUGUAGGAUGCGUAUUGGUUGACUCCAAGCAUCACGUCAUCAGCACGGGCUACAACGGGACGCCGCGACACCUACAGAAUUGUGGAGAUGGCGGGUGCCCGCGAUGCAACUCGGGCGAGAGUAGUGGAGUGUCAUUGUCAACAUGUCUUUGCCUCCACGCCGAAGAGAAUGCCUUGCUGGAAGCUGGUCGCGAGAGAAUCCGUGACGGUAGCGUUCUGUAUUGUAACACGUGCCCAUGCCUAACGUGCAGUAUCAAGAUUGUUCAGGUGGGUAUCACCGAGGUCGUAUAUAGCCAAGGCUAUAGCAUGGACAAGGACACAGCUCGAGUCUUUAAGGACGGCAGUGUGAAAUUGAGACAGUUCUCUCCAGUAAGUGUGAAGCCCUAUUAUAUUAGUUCCCCUCUACAAGCGUUGAUGCUGAUUGAUACCCAGCCGGCCAAUGGGCUAAUCCAUCUAGAAAAGAUGGAACUUUACUAAGACCAACAAUGCAAUAAAGUCUAUGUAGAUAGCACCAAGCCCACCUGAAACAGUAGGGACCAUCUUUAAAUCACGAUAAAACGUCGACUGGAUACCAAUCCCACGUAGAAAAUCACGGCCUGUGCAGGCCAGCGAUGCACUGAAGGCGACAAUAUCUUAAAACUAAUUGGUAUUAGAGAAAAUUAGAGUAUUU